AUGACCAGCAUCUCUUUGGACACCGCAGCUCUGGAACAAUUACAUGCGGACCAGAAAUCGCUUUUGGAUACUAUUGAUGAUCUCCGCAAACAUGGAGUCGGGCGCUUCGUUGACCUGCCACAAAUCAUAGUGGUUGGGGACCAAUCAUCAGGGAAGAGUUCCGUCCUCGAGGCUAUCUCUAGAGUACGGUUCCCCGUCAAAGAUGGGCUCUGUACCCGAUUUGCAACAGAGUUAGUAUUGCGUACCGAUACCAGAACAAAAAUCGAUGUCCAGAUUCUGCCGGCAGUUCCCACAAGCAAAUCGCAAUCUUUCACUGAGACUCAAUUUGAUAAGAACGAACUGCCUCGGAUCAUUGAGGAUGCCAAACGCACAAUGCUUCAGGGCAAUACAGGCUUCUCUGAGGAUGUCCUGCGGGUAGAGAUAUGCGGACCUGACAUUCCGCAUCUUACUCUCGUCGAUCUUCCAGGCUUCUAUCACUCCGAGGAUGAGAACCAAUCCGCGGCUGGACGCAAAAUGGUAGAUCAGUUGGUUUCGCGAUAUAUGGCUAGAAAGAACACUAUAAUCCUUGCGGUUGUAUCAGCGCGAAAUCAACUCAUCCUACAGAAAGUGCACAGCAAGGUCAACGAACAUGACCCUUCGAGGCAGCGCACAAUUACUAUCGUGACAAAACCCGAUAUGCUAAAACCCGGCUCUCAAGAGGAAAAGAACUACGUUCGAGAGAUCAGGACUUCAGACUCAAAGAGACUAGCACUCGGAUGGCAUGUACUGCGGAACCGCGGAGAGAAUGAGGAAGACAUAUCGGAUGAAGGCAGGGACAAGGCCGAGACGGAAUUCUUCCAGUCCGAACCCUGGUCUUCGGUACCAUCCAAAAACUGCGGUAUCGAUAUGCUCCGCAGAAGGCUAAGCACGCUUCUGUUGACACACAUCAAAAGUAACCUCCGCGGCAUCAUAAGUGAGAUCGAAAACAAGAUUCAAGAACGACAAGUCCGACUCAGUGAGCUGGGAGAACCCCGGUCAGGACCGAAGGAUUUACGUGCUUACCUUGACAAGAUCACUUCACAGUAUCAGAUACUAUCUCGGAAUGCUCUUGAUGGAAACUAUAGCCAUGAAUUCUUCGGUGGCCUUUUCCCCGAGAGUAGUAACAACAGUCCACUGCAGGGCAGGGUUCCAAAGUUACGAGCUCUCGUCCGGGAUCUUAACCGAGUGUUUGCCUAUAUCCUAGAAACUAAAGGCUCUACGGAGAUUGUGUUGCCCAGAAAGGCUGAGAGGAACGGCGCAGUCGACAGUGAUGACGGUGAGGAUGACGACGAUGAACAGGAACAGCAUGGCGAAGACGAUGAAGAGGAUGAAGAUGAUAGUGAAGACAUCAACGAGGACGACGAGGAAAGUUAUGAUGGCCAAAAACAGACACUGCCGACAUACUUGCAACCAUUAUUAGCCUACUAUCAUGUCGAUGAACCUCGCCGAGUCUCUUUUCAACGCGCCGCUAAUCGUUUGGAGGUCCAGUCUUCAGCCAAUCAGGGAAAUGAGUUCCCUGGCACCUCAAAUGACCGGCUGGCUGUUGAGUUCUUUCGGCAUCAAUGUCAACCUUGGAAACGAAUUGCUCGAGAGCAUAUGCGAAUCACUAUCGGCAUAACCCAGAUGUUCGUUGAGAAGCUUCUUGCUUACGUGACCGGCCCCGACAGCAAAACAUACUCCACUCUCCUCUCAGAGGUUGUUGACCCUUACUUCGAGAAGAGAUGGACCCUACUUGAGAACAAAAUGGAGGAACUGCUUCAUCACUAUCUCCAUGGGCACCCUCAACCGCUGGAGACAGAGUUCAUAACCCUUCUAGGACGCCGAAAUCGCAAGAAUAUGAUAUCUGAAAUUCUACGAGACCUUCUGAAGAGCCAGCCAGAGGUUUUCACCAAAGAGGGGCGAACAAAACUUGCGCGAAAUCCAAGCGCCUCUCGGCGUAGCAAAUUUGACGCCGCGGGCCUAAUAAACAAAGCCGAAACAUACUACCAGGUCUCGCUCCGUACCUUCACCGAGAAUAUGAUUGUUCUUGCGAUAGAGAAUUGCCUCAUUGAAGAGAUCCCGAAGAUCCUCACGACUGAGAUGAUCAAUAAUAUGGACGAUGAAGAGCUUGACCGCCUUGCGUCUGAGUCCGAGGACAUCCGACUCGAACGUUCUGAAAUCAAGGAAGAGUAUGAUUCUCUGAAAAGGGGCCUGCAAUCUUGCAACAAGUAUCGCGAACGCAAGACCCACUUUUUCACUGAACUAGACAACGAACGUGCAGUCCCCGUUUCAACGCCUGCUCCAGUUCCAUCGACGUCUAUCCCUACUCCCUCUACUUCCACGGAGACGGCUAACGUCAUUAUUGGCGUUCCUAUUCAGCCGGCAAAGACUCAGAAACCUACCAAACCCCGAAGCAUAUUCGAUGUCUCUUCUGAUCAGCCUGCGCUUGGGGGAUUUGCAAGUUUUUCUUCGACAAGCAACCAGCUCUUCCCGAAUACGGCGGCGGCGACAGACCGGCCUUCUAAAGGCUCUGGUGGUCUAUUCAGCUUCUCCUCAACACCAGCACCGUUUGAAUCACUAUCAGCGGCUGGCAAUAGUUCCACUUCACCCGCGUCACUGUUUGGAAAACCAUCAGUAGCCAUACUGGCCUUUUCGGCCAACCUAAGAGCUACUCGCCGGGAAGUAGUUUAUUUGGAUCUAAAACCAGCUAAGUCGCAGAUUGGAACCCACUUCCAUCGGGAGAGGGUCCCAUUGUUAGCAUACCGCAUGUAUGCCCAGAACCUGGGUCUGGAGGCAUGGCAGGUUCGUGGACUGCGCGCUUCCAACAUAUUUGCGCGACGGAUGGCUAUAAAAGUUUCUCUCCGGAGGAGCUCAGACUAG